AUGGCAAAGGUAUGGGGAGUAUCUAUUGAAGAAGCUAGGGAUUUUGCCAGGAAACACAACAUCCAGUCUGCAAAUCGGAUGUUUCCUAGAAAAGAAUCCACGAAAAAUCAAGAAAAUUUGAUUGCUACUGGCACUAUGGUUGAUCAGAUUGAACACCUAAAGAACUUCAACAUCGAAAUGUCAAAGAAGAAAAAGGCUCAGGAAAGUGCAAUAACCAAACUUGAACAGAGCAGAUUUGGAGAUAUGCUAACAAGAAGAAGUGACCCUGAUCCAAUCAUCAAAGUGAAAUGCACUAAGCCCAAAACUGAAAGAAUGCUUACAUUGUAUAUCACAAGGCGUGUUGAAAAGGGUAAAGCUGCUGGCCAAUACACUGAGGUCUUAUCUUCACAGGAUUUGGUGAAACUUGGGUACAACGAGUGGCUGCAACUUCUAGAGUUGGUCAACAAGAAAAAAGGGAAAUAUUUUGAGGAACUAAGGCUUGUACUUGAAAGACUAAUCACAAAGGUUAAGGAUCUUGCCUUAGUGCUCAAUACCUCAAAUAAAACUUCCUCAUCCUCAGUGUCUGCUUCAAUGUCGUGGAAGAGAACUUUUAAAGAUGUAUAG